AUGAAUAGGCAGAAUGCAAUAGAUCUAGCACUGAAUGGCAAGCAGCAUGAAUUCAUCGAGAUAGGAUUUCAAGAAGGUGGGCUUUGCUCGAUGUAUGGGAUCAAGAAGGAGAAUCAUUUGAGGAAUGCGACGCUUAAUUUGGGUGUUGUGUACAUGCAGGAACAGUACUGUAAACGGCUGAAAUCGCUCACUCGUUCUGUUAAGGGGAUUAGAGAAUUGACGGGCUGUGAUGAUAUCUACUGUUCAGCUUCAGAAAUUUCUGCUGUACCGACCGGCAUAGCAUGCCGGCCGGUUUUCCACCGCACGAUCUCCCUCCUACCCCACCCCCCACCCCCACACCCCCCCUGUUAAACGGCACAGAUCCGGACGGUAUGCUAUACCGUCCGGUACAGCAGCUUUUCCCCUGGUCUACAUACCUCCACAACAACAAAAAUUGGUGACUUUACAGAAAAACCCUCUAUAUUUUUGUCGUAUUCAUCAUCAUAAUCAUAUAUCUCUCUCUCUUCUCUCUCUCCUUCUUCUUCUUCUUCUUCUGUGAUAAGAUGUGAACCAUAUCGAAAGCCUGAGACCUAUUACAU